CAGCCGGCCUCGUUCUGGCCGCCGCCGCCGCGCCGCCGCCGCCGCCGCCGCCGCGCUGAGGCGGAGUAGGAUGAGGCCCGCGGCCGCGGCUCCGGCGUCUGCAGGGGCAGCGGCAGCUGAGGCAGCAGCUGAGGCAGCCGCGCCGGCCGCGCCCCCGGCUCCUGACCUGGAUUAGGCCCAGCGGCUCCGUGGCCGCCGCCGCCCCGCGGGGGGGCGGGGUGGGGAAGUGUCUGGUCUCCCCGCCCGCCCCCCCCCCCCACCACCACCACAUCGCCGCCUCGCUGGAGGCUCCCGCCGCGACCCCAGCGGCGCCCGCGGCCCAGCGCUGAGCCCCCGCCCCGGGGGGCUGGCAUGAGCGGCGCUCCGGCGGCGCCGGGGGGCGGGGGAGCCGCCGCCUGAGCCCCGGCCUGCCGCCGCCGACCCCUCCUCGCUGCCCGCGGCUGCCCGCGGCGCUUACGAAAGACCCCGCCACCGCUCACCGCCCCCCCCCCCCCACUUCACCCCUCACCCCCAGAUCACACACCCUUAAGCCUCGGAAGAUGGGGAACUGCCUCAAAUCCCCCACUUCGGAUGACAUCUCUCUGCUCCACGAGUCUCAGUCCGACCGGGCGAGUUUCGGCGAAGGGACGGAGCCGGACCAGGAGCCGCCGCCGCCAUAUCAGGAACAAAUUCCAGUUCCGGUCUAUCAUCCAACACCUAGCCAGACCCGCCUAGCAACUCAGCUGACUGAAGAGGAACAAAUUAGGAUAGCUCAAAGAAUAGGCCUUAUACAACAUCUGCCUAAAGGAGUUUAUGACCCUGGAAGAGAUGGAUCAGAAAAAAAGAUCCGGGAGUGUGUGAUCUGUAUGAUGGACUUUGUUUAUGGGGACCCAAUUCGAUUUCUGCCGUGCAUGCACAUCUAUCACCUGGACUGUAUAGAUGACUGGUUGAUGAGAUCCUUCACAUGCCCCUCCUGCAUGGAGCCAGUUGAUGCAGCACUGCUUUCGUCCUAUGAGACUAAUUGAGCCAGGAUCUGUCAUCUGACUUCAAGUGAACCUUCAUUUUUUUGGUGGUUUUGAUCUUUUGUCACUGAGCCCAAAGAGCCAGGGAUUAGGAAUUAAGAUCAUGCACAAAAGUUUCCUAAAAAUUCCUGAAUGGCUGCAGAUGUUGGGGAAAAGUAUGUCAUAUUUUAGAAACUUAGGGGGAAAAGUAGGAUGGUAUUUUUAUGUAAAGCCUUGACCCAGUGUUUAAAAAUAUAUAAUUGUAUUUAGAUCUUGUUAUUGCUCCAGUACAUAGGAAUUGUGUAAAGUAUUACAGCAGCUGUUAUAUGUUUAAAUCGUGUGUGUUGAAGAUUAGGAAAAAGAUAGUGGUUGUUUUUCCUAAAUGAAAUAACUUUCUUCUUCCCCCACCCAAAUUCUUUUCUGAAGUUGCUAGCAUUUGGGUCAAGGUUUUAUUAAAAGCUACAUUUUAUAACACUGGCACAAAAAAAAAAAAAAAAAGUAGUUUUAAGCUUGUUUGCACAGUUCUUUUUUUCCAUUGGAAAUGGAAUUCAUUGCCUUAGGUCUUUUUAAAUAGUGUAUUAUUAUCGUUGGGGCUGGCUCUAUGCUUGAAACCAGUUUAUUUAUAACCUGUUAUAAGUGCUAUAUCUGUUUGCAGUUAGGAAAUUCAGAAUUCAAAGUGAUCUCCUAGCUUGUAAGCAAACUGAGAUGCACUAUCCCUUUCUAUAAAAAAACAUGAGUUUUUGUGUCAAGAAACCAACUCUAGUAUGGGGUUUAGUAUUACCCUUUCCAGUGUGUUUUAUCUAAUUAUUUUGGUUAAUAUGGUGAUAAUUAAAAGUCAAGGUAAAUUUUAAAAAUUAAGAUUUCUGAUUUAUUGAGCUUGAAUUAUGCCACAGUGCUUAUGUAAAAAUGAAAGUGGCACCAUGGUGAAACUGAGAAGUUUCUCGGUUUUAACAAUUUUGAUUUAUUCUUUCUUGUGACCUCCUUCCCUGUUGUCUUGAACCAUAGCAAAAGGAUACUGCAUCUCUUAUUAUUGUAGUGCUGAGGUUAUUGAAAUUAUACAAAACACAUCUCAGUCUCUGUUUCUUGGAAAGUCCUGCUAGCUGACUGGCAAGUCUAGUAUAAGCAAGGAUACUUAAGAUAUAUGUAUUUCAUGUUUUGCACACAAAUGCUGAAUUUGUAUAACCACAUGACUUCAUAGUUGUGAUCUCAAAAAAGAAGGAAUUUCUCCUUUAUUUUUUUCUUGCAGUUAAUGUAAGAACACUGAAUCUCUAAGCUUCUGAAGUGUUAGAGGUAGAGAUGGUCUAGUAAAGAUGUAGUUGUAAUGUUUUAUCCAUUUAGCAUGUGUUUAUUUUUUCGUGUGUACUCAGAGGUGGUUUAUUUGUUCAGCUCAGUGAUAUUACAGCUAAAGAAAUCAUUCAUUAGCAAAAGGAGGAGCAGUUUCAACCUAACAAAUAAGAAAUGUUUCUUAUUAUUUUAUAUUGAGUUGAAUAUUUGACUCUAACACUUUUCUAGAUACAAAAUACAAGUAUCUUGAAGGUUCUUCAUAACUGUGUAUAGAGGAAUUUAGUAUGUCAUAAGUAUUUUUUAAAGAUUUGACAUUUGGCUGUAGUAUCCAUAUGUUGGUUAAUUUUCUUAUGAGCCCCAUGAUGGAAAGACUUAAAGAUGAAUUUGAGAGAGAAAAAAUGAAAGGAAUUAGAUUGUCAUUAAAUUGUUACAUGUAUCUUGCUUAAUUUUUGUUCAUUAAUUUAUAUCCACCCAAUUACAUAAAGCAAAUUUGGAGGAAA